AUGACGGCGCUCAAGAACGGCGACAAUGCGCCCCAUAGAAAGAGCGACCCGCCGUCCAUGACUUCUUCUUCGCCCUUUGCGUUUACGAGCGUCGUGCCCCGGCCUCCGGCAAGCUUCAGUGAGUACGUGCUGUCCUUGCUCUGGGCGCUUGGAAAGAAGUUGAGCCUAUUUCUCUUUUUAUUGCUUGCUGGCCCGGUCUUGCUGCUGCUGCAUGGGCUGCUGAUGCUGCUGGACCGGCACAAUAGGCGAGCCGUCCUGCGGCACCAGCAGCUGUGGCCGUGCGAAAGUGUGCCGCACGUGCGUCCGGUGCGGGUUGCCGCGUCGCGCGAGUUUCCCCUUGAGCAUUGGCACCUGCGCUGCGAGGACGGUCGGCAGCGGUGGUGCUACGGCGAGCUGCUAAACGAGGAGGAGGGCAACACACUCGGCAAGACGCAGGCCGCGGGCUUGGCGUUUCUCCCGUCCAGGGAUGUUCCCAUGGUGGGGGAGCACUAUGAGUGGGCGGCGGGAAACGCCGUGUCGCCGACGAAGGAGCCAGACAUGCGGGCGAUCAAGGAAAAGCGACGCCGCUUUGUGGAGCAGUACCAACUCGGUCUCAAGACGACGACGGAGGUGCGUCGACGCGCGUCGCCGGAAGACGCCAUGCGGGACGGGGUUGAGUUUCUCCUCCAGCUGCAGGAUCCGUACUCCGGUCACUGGCCGAACGACUACAGCGGGCCACUGUUUUUAACCCCCGGUCUCAUUUUUGUGAAGUUUCUGGUCGCUGCUGGGGAUCUGCAGAGGAUGUUUCCGCCGUACAAGGACCACCGGCACAAGGAUGACACGCCAUGCCGUUGCGGGGAGGCGGCGCGGCUGGAGUUGAUACGGUACCUGCGCAACUACAUGAACAAGGACGGCGGCUUUGGACAGCACACAGAGGGGCAUAGUACAAUGCUGGGGACGGUGCUGAACUACGUUGCGCUGCGCAUGAUGGGUGUGCCGGCCGAGGAUGCCGAUGCGACGCGGGCUCGCGCCUGGAUACGCGGCCACGGUGGGGCGGUUUCCAUUCCAACCUGGGGCAAGGUCUGGCUGUGUAUCGCGGGUCUCUACAGCUGGGAUGGCAUUAACCCCAUUCCCCCGGAGCUCUGGCUUCUGCCACGUUGGGUUCCAUGUUCGCAGGGACGCCUGUGGUGCCACAGCCGCGUCGUCUCUGUGCCCUUCUCCUACCUUUACGGCAUGCGGUGGAUGCCUGAGCCGCACCCGCUCUUGAUAAGUCUUCGCCAGGAGUUGUACACAGAGCCGUAUCAUCAAAUACAGUGGGAGCAGCACCAGAGUAAUAUCUGCAAGUUGGACUGUUACACACCACUUUCCUCCACAUACAAACUUGCCGCGAUGGUGUUUAAAUUGUAUGAAAAGUGGCACAGCAAGGCUCUCCGCAGGCGUGCGAUGGAGUUGGCCUGGUCGCACAUUGCGUAUGAUGAUGAGGACACCCAUUUUAUAUGUCUUGGACCUGUAAACAAGUCAUUGGAUAUGCUUGUUACUUGGAUUCGAGAGGGCGAGGACAGUGGACGCUACCAGAAUCAUCUCACUCGCGUAGAUGAUUAUUUGUAUAUGGGGCCAGAGGGAAUGCGCAUGAGCGGUUACAAUGGCUCCCAGCUGUGGGAUACCUCCUUUGCCGUGCAAGCCAUAUGUGCCUGUAGCAUGGAGAUGCUGUACCCGCAGGAGAUGUCCCUCGCCCACCACUAUGUGGACAUUGCGCAGGUGCAGAGAGACCCUGAGGCGGCGGCCCACUUCUACCGCCAUCGUACGAAGGGUGCAUGGAACUUUAGCACCGCUGCACAAUCGUGGCAAGUGUCGGACUGCACUGCAGAAGGUCUACGUGUGAUUCUCUUGCUGCGUCACAGGCCAUUUUCGGUCACCCGCAUGCGUGACGCCGUGGACGAGAUUCUUUCACUGCGCAACAAGAAGUCUGGCUGGUCUUCCUAUGAGCCCAUGCGUGCACCGGCCUACGUGGAGCUUUUCAAUGCGGCCGACGUGUUUAAGGACGUGAUGACAGACUACGGCUACGCGGAGUGCAGCAGCAGCUGCAUCCACACCUUGGCGCUCUUUCGUCAGCACUACCCGGGGUACCGGCGGGCGGACGUCACCGCCGCCAUCCGGGAAGGCGUACAGUACGUCCUCUCCUUGCAGCGACCGGACGGUGGCUUUUACGGGAGCUGGGCGGUUUGCUUCACCUACGCGGCGUGGCUUGUGGCCAGCGCGCUUUGCAUCUCGCGCGAGAUUGCUGAUAUGGCCAACCACCCUGCGUGCGUGCGUCUCAUUGACUUCCUGCUCGCCCACCAGAACGCCGACGGGGGCUGGGGCGAGGACGUCACCGCCUGCAUGCGCUCGCUCUGGGUGGACAACCCAAGCGGCAGCCAGAUCGUGAACACCGCCUGGGCGGUGAUGGCGAUCAUGUCGGCCGCAGGGGAGGCGGCCCGUGCGUCGCCGAAGCGGCGAGAGCAAGUCAGGGUCGCCGUGGAGCGCGGCAUCCACCUCCUCAUGGCGCGGCAGCUCAUCACCGGAGACUGGGCGCAGGAGCGCAUCAGUGGCGUGUUUAACGGCAACAACCCGAUCCACUACCCGGGGUACAAAAACACGAUGCCGGUGUGGGCGCUGGGGACGUACAACGCCUGGAAGAAGACCUACGCCGUCCCACGCUUCCGCGGCAGCAGUCUUCCGGGGGCGUUCGGGUUUGCAGGGAACGACUGA